AUGUUAACUGGAGAGUGUUCACCCAAUGUCAGAAACUGGGAGAGGAGAUGCGACGCCGACAGGUCUGGCGAGUCCUGCCACAGGAGCAGCACGGUGAAGAAGGAGUUCAACAACAGGAUGGACGCCUUCAUAGAGUUCACGGAUAGCUCUCGUAAUAGGAUCUCUCUGAUGGAAUCCCAAAACAAGACAAAGAAGAGAGAGCUAGAAGACGAGUACCUGUUUUUAAAAAAAAUAGGAGAUGUGUGCAAACUCAGUUCCGAUUAUUACUUGGAGACAAAUGUGAAUUUUCACGAGGCCUGCGAGAAUUUCAGCAUUCUGUUCAGAGCCUUUGAGGAGUCGUUUGUUAACGUAAAUAACAAGGGAGAUGAAGCAGACGUGGUUGCAGAGAAACUCAGCAAGGUAGAAGACAAGGUGAAUCUUCAGAUGAGAGAGAUUGAAGAGGCGUACGAAACAUCGAAGAAGGAGCUAGUCCUCCUCCAAACAGAUGUCCAUUAUAUGAGGAACGAAUCUGCUAACAUUGUGAACAAAAUAAAAGAAGUCGACUAUCAGAUUAACCAACACAAGGAGGCGUUUGAGUCGUUUCACAUUUUGACCCACCUUAACACGGAGCGCAUUUCGGUGCUACAGAAUGAUUGCAUGAAGAUGGAGGAGCAGCGGGAGGAGGUGUUGAGGGGUAUAGAGGGAGCCGCCGCUGCCGCGGUCGCCGCGCGGGAUGGUCUUAUUAUGGACAGGGGACACCUGGAGGAGGAGAGGGAAGCCUUGCUCAGGAAGGAACGCGAACUGAGCCACAAGAAGGAUAAGCUGUCCAUACGGAGGAGCGAAGCCAAGUCGGACAAUGAUCGCCUCAAGUCUCAGAUGCAGUUCAUGCAAAACCAGCUGUCAUCACAGGAGUACUUCCUGAGUGUCAUUAAGUGUGGUCUGGACGGAAGCAUCCGGACGAGGAAAGAACUGAGUUCCGUUUUAGGAGGAAUCAACAAGGAGAUAGAGGACGUGGAAAAUCUGAAGCAAGCUGCAACAAUGGAAGAGGUGGAGGAGAGGAAGAAGUGUCAGGAGAUGGAAGACAAAGUUAAGCAUCAAGACAAGGAGCUGGAGGGACGCGAAAUGAAGUUAGAGGUACUUUCCCAGGAGGAGAAGACGAUGCGAGGGAAGGUCGAACGGGAACGAAGCAACGCCAGCCAGAAUUUGCUGAACCAAUUGGUUAAGGAGAAGAAGUUGAUAGAUGGUGAGAUUGGCAGCUACCAGGAGGAGGCACGCAAGUUGGUUCUACGCGAGGGGGGAAAGCUGCAGGGGUUGUUAGGUGGCCACGUAAAUGAUCUUCUAGGUGGUGUCCUAGGUAGCCCCCUAGAUGGAAUACUCUCUAGUGUGCCGCUCCUAGCCGGCAAGGUGAACACGGGCGAGCCAGAAAUAUCCACUCAGGGCGAGAACCCCCUUGACGCACACUCCCCCGCGAGCGAAGCAUUCCUAAGGGGGCUGCAGGAAGCCAUAGACCGUGUCAAGGAAAAAAUCAACGAAGAGCAAAACGAGGUUUGGAGAAAGGAAAGAGAAGUGAAAAGAAUAAAUGGACUCACUAGUGACCUGCGCCGAAAAGUGCAGGUUCAAGAAGAUAAAGGGACCAAAUUGGACACCUUGCUGAAGGAGAAGAAGGAGCAGUUCAGGCAGCUUAAGGAAAAGGAAAGUGAAGUGGAGAAGGAACUCUCUCUUAUGCACGAUAGGACCAAAAAAGAGAAACUCAAUUAUGAGGAAAAACAGGAGGAAGCGACGAGAAUGGAAGAGACACUUAUACAGAAUAAAGAAAUUGAGAAAGAGCAACUGUGUCUACUGGAGAAGGACUACCAUGAUAGGAAGGACAAGCUGAUGGCCUCCUCUGGGGAUGGACUCAUGAUGGUAAGUUCUGUGGAUAAGAAAAAACUGAAGGACGAUGUGGAUGCAUAUUUAGCAAACACAAAAGUGGAGUUCGAUUUGAAAAAGAGAGAGUUCGAAAAAGCUGAGAGGGAGAAGUACGAACAGAUGGGGAGUCAGUUGGAUGGGGAGCUUAAGAGGAAGGACGACUUGAUUGCUUACUAUGAGGAAUUGAUUAGCAGGAAGGAGAAGAUGACUGUGGCCCCAGGAAGGAGUGACGCGGCUUCGCACGAGCGGGUGAUCGGCAUGGGCAACACGAAGCGGGCGGACAGUCGGCCCCACCGAUCCGCCCUCUCCACGGAGAGAAGAAAGUCCGCCCAGCCGGGCGGCACCGGGAGCGCCAUGGCCAGCCCGGGGAGCGGCGCCGCCAGCACCGUCCACAGGGGUAGCAACGGUGUCAACAGAACUAGCAACGGUGUUAGCAGGAGUAGCAGCGGUGUUCACAGGAGUAGCAACGGUGUUGACAGAAGUAUGAGCAGUGUUGACACCAGUGGCAUCGGCGCCACCGGUGCGAACGCCCGCAAGCCGCCGAACGCUCAGGACACGUACAAGUUCGGCUACUUCGACGUGACUUCGCCCGGGGAGAUGCGGAAGAGCAUGAACAUCCCGAGUCGGUCCGUGAAAUCACCGCACAUCGCGAGGCUGUUGGAGAAGAUAAAACUGAGGAAGGAGUGCCAGACGCUCGUGGGCACUAAAAAGGUGCCCUUGAACCAGGUGAACAGCAGCGACGGCAGACGGAGCAGGACUAUUGCGGGGAGUUCUGCCAACAGGGUCAGCACGGGGAAAAGCGGGAAGGGCGCAGGUCGCACCAAGCCCUUCCUCAACACGAAGGCGCCCAAGAGCAACGACUCCUUCGACCUGUUCCACCAUUUGUAA